AAUAAAUAAUAACAGUCCGCGAAAGGACCUCCCCCUUUCACGACGCGCCGCGUGCCCUUCUCGACGUCUGACGUGAUGACGACAUCAGAAGAGUACGUACAACAUGGCGGCCCACAGCGACUCGACAGGAAUGUCUCAAUUUUGAGCGUUUAUUUGCCAUUAAACCACGAUGAUCAGCCCUGAGGCCAAGUUUGAGGAAAUGGUGCCCAAUACUGAUGAGGAGGAGAAGGGAGAAGAAGUGGGAGAACAGGUACAAGUAAAAGGAGCCAACCAAGAGAAGGAAGAUGUGAGAGGAGAGGCAGAGGUUGAGAAAGAUAAUGUCAGAGAAGAGGAAGAUGUUGGAGGAGAGGCAAAACAAGACACUGAAGUGGGGGACAGUGGCAAGGAAAAGGAAUUGGUGGCAGAACAUUCCACAGAUAAACACAAAAAGCGUGCCCAAACUAAAGACAAAAAUCAGCCAGGGGUCCUAAACUUGAACAACGAGGUGGUGAAUAUGAGGAACGAGAUGAAGAGGGUGAGGGCACUCAUUACCAGGAAGCUCAUACGCCAGAUUGCUGUGCUGAAGAAGAAGAAGGGCAAAGAGGCGGACAUUGAGCGGAAUCAAAGGAGAGCUGCCAGACUAAUAGAGGAGAUCCAUGCAAUGAAAGAACUCCAACCAGACCGUGUGACCAAGACAGCCUUACAAACAACUCUAGACUUUGAUCAGGUGUGCAAGAACCCAAAGGCCACUAUGUCCGACCGGGCUGUGGCUCGCAUCGCUUCGCACCCACAGUUCAAUAAGAGGAUUGAGAACAUUAAGGCUGCUGUGCAAGCCUUCAGCGAUGAGAGGAGGAAUGCAGGAAAGCAGGGAGAAACAAAUGCAAAGGUGAAAAAGGAAGAUGCUGAAAAGGUAGAAAAAGUGGUGAAGGGUGAAAAUGUAAGUGCGGGAGUCGAGGAAAUGACUGACAGUGACGCAGGAGCCCUAACAGACGACUCUGACAAGGAUACUGUAGAACAGGCUCAAGCUAUUCCUGCUAAGAAGAAACUUAAAAAGGACACUCAAAGUGUAAGGCCACCAUCAACCAAAAAGAGUGACCUUAAUGAACAGGUUCAGAAAACACAAGAAAAGGGUUUAUUUUUUAAAAAGGACACUCAAAGUGUAAGGCCAGCAUCAGUCAAAAAGAGUGACUUUAAUGAACAGGUUCGGAAAACACAAGAAAAGGGUCCAGAAAAUAAACCUAAACUGGUGUCUGAGCUGCCUCAGAUGAAAAAGGAGGCAGAGAGCGAUUCAGAGAGAUCUGAUGACGAUGAGGACAAAUCGGUCUUUGACAACAGUACUGUGAAACCCAAACCGGUUCCUGAGACGACGCAGCCAAAACAAGAUGACCAGAGCGAUUCUGAGAUAUCAGACGAUGAGGACAAACCCUAUUUUGACGACAGCACGGAGGAACGCUUCCACAAACAGUCAUCCCAGUCAGAGGAGAGCGAUGGCGAUAAUGACUUUUUUGUGGGCAAAGUGAGCAAAUUCAAGAAAAAGAAGAAUGAGGGGGAGAAAGCGGAGGUGCACACAGGAAAAAAGGAAACAUUAAAACCAGCAGAUAAGAUUCAGAGUGAACUAGAUGAGCUUGAGUCAAGGUUAAAGGCCAAAGCACCCAAACUUCAGACUGUCUUCUGCUCUUUGUCUCAGUCAAAACCAAACAGGGGCAGAGGAGGGAAUUCAUUUAGGGGGCGAGGGAAACCGAUGGGCAGAGGAAGUCGUGAUUAUGAUAAACCCAACAGGUUCCGGAAGGAAGACAAAGAAGCAACAGACAAGACAAGACGUUUCCAGCCUGACACACCCUUCAGAGGGCGUGGCCGUGGCAUUGAUCGCAGGCAACAUGAUCGCAGAGGUGGCGGUGGCUUUUCCCAUCAGGCACCACAACAGGCCCUUCAUCCCUCAUGGGAGGCCAGUAAGAAAAGAAAGGAGCAGCAGGGGCAAAUUUUGGCUUUUCAAGGAAAGAAGAUUAAGUUUGAUGAUGACUGAUGUUUGCUUCCAUGACUCAGCUAGCUGAUCUUUAUGGCUUGAAAAUGGCAUCAUUCAAAUAAUGUUUUAAUGUUGUUUAUAGUGAUUCCAAAUGUAAGAAUGUGAAUGAAAACGUUUUACCUACUUUGUUUUCACAUCAGUUAAAAGUUAAUAGUAAUUCAAUUAUGUAUGUAUUGCAUGUUAUGAGAGCAGAGUUAAAGUUCUUAAUGUUUUCCCCAUUUACUAUUCCACCAAUUGUGUUUCUUAUUGCAGUUCGAGAAAAUACCGGCAAAUGUGAUUAAAUGCUAUCCUAUGCAGUGACACAAGCCUUGUCAUUGGCUAAACAACUUUAUUCUAAUCUGUUAAUUGUAUUAAAACACAACUACCAA